GACAUGGCGUUUGUUUCACCACUAGGAUACCAGCCAAUUUACAACCCGCCUAUUCCUCUCAGGCAGCCGAUUUAUGGCGGUCUGCGGCCCGGCAUGUCUGUUUACAUUCAGGGCAUGGUCCCUCAUCACGCUAAGAGCUUCGCUGUGAACUUUUCGUGUGGUCAGCAUGAUGGGACAGACAUUGCUUUCCACUUUAAUCCCCGCUUCGAUGGGAAGGACAAUGUGGUGUUUAAUGCUUUCCAAUCUGGAUCAUGGGGAGGCGAAGAGAAGAGGAAAGAUGGAAUCCCCUUUAGCAGAGGCGGGUACUUUGAAUUGGUGUUUUUUAUCAAUCCGGGAAGCUACCAGGUCAAUGCAAAUGGUUCCCCCUUCUAUGAGUUCCGUCAUAGGAUUCCUCUAGAGAGGGUGCAGUGUGUUCAUGUGAAUGGAGACGUGAACAUCCAGUCUUUGAGCAUUGUCGGAGGAGGAGGUGGGGGCCCAGGAAUGAAUCCUGCCUUCCCACCAGGUGGGGCCAUGAUAGGGCCCGGAUAUCCAGCCAUGACUCUGCCUGCAAUGGGAGGACCCAUCUAUAACCCGCCUGUUCCUUACCGUGCGAACAUUCCUGGAGGAGUGAACCCCAAGAAGACCUUUGUGAUUAGAGGAUUCAUGCCAAUGGGAGGCCAAAACUUCCACAUUAAUUUUGUGACAGUAAAUGGUGAUAUCGCUUUACACUUCAAUGUUCGUCUUAAUGAGCGCACAGUGGUGCGCAACAGCAAACUUGGUGGCUCUUGGGGCCCUGAGGAGAGGAACAUGGCCAAUAACCCCUUUGUGCCAGGGCAGUAUUUUGAUAUCUCCAUCCGCACCGGCAAUGGCCGAUACAAGAUCUAUGUGAAUGGACAAUCCUUCUGUCAGUACGCUCACCGCUUCCCGGCCCUGCAGAUGAUUAACAGCCUGGAGAUCGGAGGAAAUGUGGUGCUGUCACUGGUACAAUUUUAAGGAUCCUUCCA